UUCAAAGAGAAGUCGUCUCUCAAUUGGCAAUGAUAAAGAAAGAAACAAGAGAAGUCAUCUUCCUAGAUAUUUUAGGGUUAGAUGCGCGGGAUGCUAUUUCUGCUCUGUUCCUCUGUUUGCCGUUUACAACAUCAACAUGAAAAUUGGGGACAACUUGAAAAGUAUGCGCAUCCGCCUUCUGUUUAAACAGGUAGCAACUAUACUUACAGAAUCGGUUCAUUCUUCAAAACAAUUCGAUUCAUUAUAUCUACACACAAAAACAGAAGUAGUUCGAGAUAUUUUAGGGUUAUAUGCGUGGUAUCGUAUGUCUGCUCUGUUCCUUUGUUUGCCGUUUACAACAUCAACAUGAAAAUUGGGGACAACUACAAAUGGAUGCGCCUCCGGCCCCUCUUUAAACAGAUAACAACCACACUCACAGAAUCGCCUCAUUCUCGAAAACAAUUGAAUGCAUUAUAUCUACACACACACAAACAGAAGCAGGUUGAGAAGGUCUUACAUCGUAUAAUGCACGAAUCUGAUGUUGACCUCCUUAACCACUCAAUAAAUACUCUCUGGAAAUCGGGCAAUAAAAACAAGGCGUGGGAGUUAUACAAUUCAGCUAUAACUGAAGGCCUUUCUGUUAACGUCAUAACAUUCAAUGUACUUUUGCGUGGGCUUGGACAUGAUGGCGAUUUCUGUAAAAUCUAUUCCCUUCUUGCUGCAAUGAUAGAGAUGGGAGUUCAUCCAGAUGUCAUCACUCAUAAUACCCUGAUGAAGGCUUUAUGUAAGUGGGGUCAAAGUGAAGAAGCAAACGAGCUCUUGCACAGAAUGAGGUAUGCUCGUUGUUUUCCAAGUGUUAUUACAUAUAGCACCCUCAUAGAUGGAAUCUGCAAGGAAGGGAGAGUAGAUGAAGCUUUGGUAUUGGUAGCUGAAAUGAUACAAGAUGGUUUGAUUCCUGAUAUUGUUAUAUAUAGUACUCUUAUUAAUGGUCUAUGCAAUGUGGAUAAGGUAAAUGAAGCUCUCAAAUUAGUAGCAAGAAUGAGAAAUAUUCACUGUUCUCCAAAUAUUGUUACAUAUAGUGCUCUUAUAGAUGGACUCUGCAAGAAAGGGAGAAUAAGUGAGGCUUUGGUAUUGGUAGCUGAAAUGAUACAAGAUGGCCUAUCUCCUGAUAUUAUCACAUAUAAUACCCUUAUUUAUGGUCUCUUCGAUGUUGAUAUGGAAGGGGAAGCUCUCAGGUUGGCAGCAAAAAUGAGACAUGGCCAUUAUUUUUCAAAUAUUGUUACAUACAAUACCCUGAUUGAUGGAAUCUGCAAGAGAGGGAGAAUAGAUGAAGCUUUAGUAUUGGUAGCUGAAAUGAUACAAGAUGGUUUGGUUCCUGAUGUUAUUACAUAUAGUUCUGUUAUUAAUGGUCUAUGCAAUGUGGAUAAAGUAAAUGAAGCUCUCAAAUUUGUAGCAAGAAUGAAAAAUAUUCAUUGUUCUCCAAAUAUUGUUACAUACAACACCCUGAUUGAUGGAAUCUGCAAAAAUGGGAGAGUAGAUGAAGCUUUGGUAUUGAUAUUUGAAAUGAUACAAAGUGGCCUUUCCCCUAAUGUUAUUACAUAUAAUACCCUUAUAAAUGGUCUCUGCAAUGUGGAUAGGGAAGAUGAAGCUCUCGAAUUAGUAGCAAGAAUGAAAAAUACUCGUUGUUUUACUAAUAUUGUUACAUACAACACCCUGAUUGAUGGAAUCUGUAAAAAAGGUAGAAUAGACGAAGCUUUGGUAUUGGUUGCUGAAAUGAUACAAGAUGGCCUUUCUCCUGUUAUUUGUACAUAUAAUGCCCUUAUUAAUGGUCUCUACAAAGCAGAUAGGGAAGAUGAAGCACUUGAACUAAUAGCAAGAAUGAGACAUACUCAUUGUUUUCCAAAUACUGUUACUUACAACACCCUGAUUGAUGGAAUCUGCAAGAAAGGGAGAGUAGGUGAAGCUUUGGUAUUGAUAUCUGAAAUGAUACAAUAUGGUAUUUCUCCUGACAGCUUUACAUACGCUACCUUUAUUUAUGGUCUGUGCAACGUUGAUAGAGAAGAUGAAGCUCGCAGGUUACUAGCAAGGAUGAGACAUGGUCAGCGUUCUCCAAAUAUUGUUACAUAUAACACCCUGAUUAAUGGAAUCUGCAAGAAAGGUAGAAUAGACGAAGCAUUGACAUUGGUAGCUGAAAUGAUACAAGAUGGCCUUUCCCCUGUUACUUCUACGUAUAAUGCCCUUAUUAGCGGUUUCUACAAGGUGGAUAGGGAAGAUAAAGCUCUCAAAUUAGUGGCAAGAAUGAAACAUACUCAUUGUUUUCCAAAUAUUACUACUUUCAAUAUCCUGAUUAGUGGAAUGUGCAAGAAAGGGAGAGUAGAUAAAGCUUUGGUAUUGCAAUCUGAAAUGAUACAGUACAGCCUUUCUCCCAACAUUACAUAUAAUGCUCACAUUAAUAGUGUACACAAGAUACAUAGGGAAGAUGAAGCUCUCAUGUUAGUAGCAAGAACAGGAAACGGUCAGUGUUCUCCAAAUAUUGUUACGUAUGACACCCUAAUUGAUGGUCUCUGCAAAGUAGAAAAAGUAGAUGAAGCUCUAGGGAUCGUAGCUAAAAUUAUACGACAUGGAUGUUGGCACCAUAAUACACCAUUGAGGAAUUCAUUUAAUAUUGUGAAAGCAAUUAUUUAAUAAUUGCACAUUUAAUUAAUGUUACUUGUUGUAACAUAAGAAGGUUGUAUAACUAUGUAAGCAUGCCUCCUAUGCAUUCAUAAGUAAGUUUUUGGGGUUUUCUGCUCCUUUGACAAUACCAUGUAGUUUGUUCUUCAUAAUGUUGACAAAGGUGAUGUGUGUGAUUCUUGGCAUUCAUGCUUUGUGUUUACAUUUUCCUGUUGUAAUUGUUACCCAUAAUUUAGACAUGUGGAUUUAUAUUUAACAUCAACCCCAUUGCAAGACUCUACUAGUUUUCGUAUUCAUGUGCAACUCGGGCGAGACUGUCCUUUAGGUUUGUUGCUCGACAUUGCAUAUCAGCAUGCCAGUGUGUAGGAUUUGAUGUCCAAUGAGGAAGUUUGCAGUGCAUGAGGUUGAGGAACACCCGGUUAGCAUUGGCUCUGUUGCCAGGACCCAAUCUGGAUUUUUGUCAAAGAGAUCUGGGUAGUUUUGUGUUUGUAGAUGAUUCAGUUGGUGCUAAUCUCAAGGUGCUGGAUGUAGCAAUUUAGCAGUUUUAUGUUUCGUAAGGACCUAAACUAUUGAAUGUUUGUCUGUGCAUGAUCGCACCACAAAGGAAAUACUUGGGGCUUGUUUGAAGGUAGUUGAUUCGGAUGGCGAGGUUGUGGGGUGUAUUGUGCAAGAUGCACCUUAGAUCAGGAUUCCAUGUAUGGUUGCAAAAGGUCUGCGCUUCAUCUUUGGAUCAACAUCUUGUUGGAAGAGUUUGUGAGUUUAUUUUCUGUCCGUAUUUGUUGUGAUUUUCCAUUGUAAUCUCCAACCUAGGGCAAAAGUUUUAUUUGGCUGUGCCUUACAUUCAUAUAUCCAAUCUCCAUGAUUUCUAUUUUCAGUUUUGUUUGUGUUACUUUGUUAGCAAGUUUAAUUUUUAUCAUUGGCACAAAGGUACACACAAUUGUGGAAGCUUUCGCAGAUGGACGGUGCAGGAGAAUAAUUUGGACUGCACACGCUAAAAUGCAGGGCACAUGAGAAAUUAACAAGGUGCUGAGCAGACCAUUAUGAUUGCGCAAUGGCAUUGACAGAUGAACAGAAGGAAUGUGGGGUGUUCAGUACACAGAAGCAGAGAUUUGCAGUGCAUCGCUGAGAAGGGCUGAAAGGUAUUGAUAUGAUAAGAGCUUGCAUUUACAUUUGUCAGGACGAUAAAAAUGCCUCAUUUAUCCUCUUAUGCCCAUGCAUUGAUAAAUAAUCUACUUUUGUUCAAAAGAAGAGCACAAAAAAGGCAUAACCACAAGAAAUCUGGAGGGAGAAUUUUGUUGCCGCCUCAUAUAUUUUAGCCUUUAGGUGGUAUCAGGGUAUAACAAGGCUAUAUUGUGCACAAGUGUAAUUGGUUUCUCUUUGGUGCACAGGAGUUGAUGCACCGGCAGCAUCUCCAAAACAGAAAGUGUUUUAUGUCUGGCUCACCUUGGAAGUGAACUUUUGUAUAGAACUUUAGUGAGUCACGAAUGGUGCAGCUACAUCAUGUGGAUUUAGUACAACAAUAUGUUGGAAAAUGAGCACACACUUGACCAAAAAUGGAUCGAUCAUCAAGAGGACUAGUAGCUCAGUGGUAAAGCACCCUAGCAGCAAAUAGGAGGUCUGAGAUUCUUCUACUAGCUGGUGCAUGAAAGGUUUAACAUAAUAUCAGAACCCAGGUCUGCGGAGCCAGGCCAAGCCAGGGUUUUCAAGCACCUGUAGUGUGACUCAGGGGGUGUUAAAAAUGAGCCAUACCCGAACCAAUGAUGGACCAAUCACCAAGGUAUGUGAAGUCCAAUUGGCACAGGAGAAAUGUAUUUGUUGCAUACAAUGAGAGUAAGAGAAUGAUGUACUCUCAACAGAGAUAUUUUGGAUGUGCAGCAUUGCAUACUGCUAUGAAACAAAGGUAUAAUAAUUCAGCCCUAAGAAUCUGUGCAGAUUUCUGUUUGUGCAUCAAUGUUGAUGUGUAUUUGGUGAUUCUACUUGUGUCAUAGAUGUUGCUUUGCUAAGUGUUCACUACAGAUACGGAUUGCAACAAUGUUGUUAUUGCUUAAUUUUCAUGGUUGAUGGAUAUGGUCAAUGGUAUGAUCACCCAUUGGACUGUGUAACACAAUAGACUGAUGGAUUUUGCAAGCUGGUAAAAGAGAGUAUGCCUGCAAUCUACUUGUACAACUGACGUUUGGUUGGUUUCUCAACGAAGUUGCAUUCACUGCAAUCAUUGAUGGACUGUGCAAAGAUGACAUGAUGGGCAAGGCUUGGAAUUGUUUAAAUAACAUAAACAGACAGAGUUAUCAGCCAAACAUGAUUACUUGUAGUUCUUUGAUUUGCAGUCUUCAUGAAUUAUGAGGUGGAAAAGGCUCAAAAGUUGUUUAAAAAGAUGCUAAGAAAUGGCUUCUCUAAAUAUUGUUACAACUUUUUUUUGUUGGCUAUUUCAGAAUAAGAGGGAAGGGGAAGCAUUCACAAUUUUUUCCUGAAAUGGAAAACAAGGACUGUCUUCGCAAUGCAGUGACUCUAGUGACCUAAUAUUCUGAUAGGUCCAUUUUGUAGGACAGGAGAAUUGAAUAAGGCAAGGUAAAUGUAGAGGAAAUGACAAAUAGGUAUUUCAAACCUGAUGAAGUGAUGUACACCACAAUUAUUGAUGUUUUGUGUAAGCCGAGAUCUGCCUCGUGCACAUUCUUUCAUGAAUAAGAUAUAUCAGUUGAAGGCUUGACUCCUGAUGCAGUUACUUUCAACUGUUUGAUUGA